AUGGUUUGUUGUGUGCUGCCGCCGCAGCAAGAUGUUGCAGAAAGGCAGCUGACGAAUUGGGAGUCUUUCAGGCAGAGUCGCGGAGCCAUACCACCCCUGCCAGAAGACCAGGAUGACAAGCUGCACUGCUUCGAUUCAGGCCUGCUGGAGGGAUUGCAGUACCGCCAGCAUGGCAGUGUGCUCCUUCCCAGACCGCUGACUCGAAAAGUGCUGGAGGCCGUGAGGACCGUCAAGCUCCGAGCCCAGGACACCUUAAUCUGCUUGCCUCCGGAGCUGGCGGGACACAACCUUCAGCUCGAGGAGUCUCUGUUCCAACUCGCGGAGAACCGCUGCGAGGUUGCGCAGACCAUGAUUCCUUUUGGCCCAUAUGGAAUGCGCAUACCUCCACUGGAGGGAAAGGUCUCUCUUGGCCUCGUUCCUGCGCAAACCUCUCCUGCUCGACGGCAAUGUCAUUGGACGUUUGUGCAGCCUGCAAUGCUACCUCAUGAUGAGGAUAACAAGUUGUCCAUCGGUGGCAAAGUGGUUGUCCUCCUGGCUGAUCCGCGCUAUGUGCUGUUCAGACAUCGCGAUCUUUGGAAUCGUGUGCGAUGGAUGAGUACGCCCGCUGAUACUGCCUUCUAUCCGAAGCACUUCGACUUCGGUGAAGCAAUGGAGCACUAUUUCGCCUCGGACUGCCACUUCGGAGGCCAUGUCAUGGAUCGCUACCGUGACUGGAUGAUGGAGCAGCAGCGUGCUCCACACAAAGUGAAGAUCAUCUUUCUCGAAGAUCUCGUGCGAGAUUCCGAAGUUGUUGUAAAAGGCCUGGCCCAAUUCCUGGAGGUGGACGAUCCUCGAGUACCCUUGUCCGUGAUUUCUUCGCUCAAGGUGGCGCAGGAGCAGAGCGGUCUCAUCAAGGCAGGCCUGUCGGCCACCGAAGAAUAUGACUUCAUGACAAGGAUCAGCAAGGAGUUUGAGAGAUGCUUGUCACUGCUUUCGUGCAGUGCGCAGGAAAGCUGGCGAAGCAGCCUGCGCGAAUUCCUCGCAGUUGCGGACCCGCGCUGCAGAAUUCUCGCGAACCAGCUCCUCGAUCACUGCCCAUGGCAGGAGGCAGCAACCUGGGCUGCCCACAAUCUCAUGAUGUGCAGGCCCUGCAGCUUCGCACCCCGCGGUAUUUGCCGCUCUGCCGACGAGUGCAAUUUCUGCCAUGUCCCAGGCCAUGCGGCACCCGCCAGACGCCCCAGCAAGAAGGAGCGGAUGCGUCGCCAGCGCAGGUUGCAGCGUCUUGUAUCGAGAACGCCAUCUCCUGAGGGACUUUCCAGCUGA